AGUCCAUCAUGGAUGACUGCUCCGAUGGUGAACAGCCGCUACGGAAGAAACCUAAGCACGAAGAAAAAGAAUUUGCAUCAUCUUAUUCGCUGCUUUACGAAUUGGGAUUAACAUCAGAAUCCACAAAGCAGUUGACGGAGAGCGAUCACCAUGGGCAAAAAUAUGCAUUCACUUACGGGCACGCAAAUGAACUGCUCAGAUUCUUUAAAGGGCAGUGGGCAAUUGUUGCCACAAUUCUGACUAAGUUUGGUGCUCUGGUGACCAGUCUGAGAGCGUUUGAUGUGGAUCAAAAACUCCGGCAAGUGAUCCGUGAAAUCCGCAAGAAAACCCGUGUGAGCGGAGAAGCGGCUCACGUACAGCGACAAAAAUCUUUCAAAGGAUUUCAACGUAUUGCGCCGUGGUGCAGUGGUACUGCCUACGCGGAUCUAACGACGUAGCCGGGUGUGAGGCGAGGGAUCACUAGCGUUCACGCCUGUGGCGCUAGGCGCUACGCCAUCGGAUUACGUGUCUGUGUUGUGUCUCGCUUAUGAUUGGCUUGCGUUUGU